UCUCUUUUUAGCAUCUCAUUGCUAAUAAAUAAUUCGCCUGCCAUGGAAAAAUUAUAGAUACUUAACUACUCAUGAAAGCACUUAGUGGACCAUUUUAACUGUGAUAAUCAAAAAAUUAACCAGACGAUGGAAGAAAGAAUCCAAAUAAAUCAAACUACCUCAGACAUGGCCGGACAUCCAAUCGACUACAUUCUCGUGUACAAGAACGACGAGCAACAGUUGGAGGAGAAACAUGAAAUAAUUCGGAGCUGCUUCCUCUACAAUUUGAAGCUAGAGGGACUUGAAUUCGAAAUAGACGCGAAACGGGAAUUUACUUUUGUCAAAAUUUACACGAACCAAAAUGUGCUGAGGAAGUAUGCGGAAUUGUUGCGAUGGAAAUUGCCGGCUACACAUCGCUCGUUGAAGAAACUCGAGGAAACGGAAUCUCAGAAGCAGUACAAAUACUUUGACAAUGUCAGAACGGACUAUAAAAUUCACUAUUAUUACUCGAAGGAAAUGAGCUAUUUAUUCAACGAUGAUGAACCAGAUUUCUUCAAGCCGGGCUUUCGGACAGUUGUGGUGGAAAAUAUUCUGCUAAAAACUCGUUUUGAUGUGAGGUUGGAUGAAGUAAGUGGCGACACUACGCCCACAAACUCGCCAAUGGAUGAGCAUUGCGAGAAAGGAAAGCCAGAUAUUUGUUGUGUGGGCAUCCAAAAAUUAAUCCAUGACGGCGUUUUUGUCGACAGAUUUUCGUUGCAUGAUGGUUCACAUGACGAUGAAUCAACAUUACGCGGCCAACUAUGGAAUGAAUGGGCUUCCUUGUGGAAAUGGAAUGGAUUCCAACCACUUGACAAAAUAAAGGAAUAUUUCGGAGCACAAGUUGCCCUCUACUUUGCUUGGUUGGGCUUUUACACUCACAUGUUGAUCCCUGCUUCGAUUGCUGGCAUCAUUUGUCUCGCUUACGGAUGGUCCAUGAUGUACAAAAGUCGUGUCAGCGAGGAAAUUUGUGAUCCCAGCAAUGAUAUCCUGAUUUGUCCGCAAUGCGAUCGAACGUGUGACUUUUGGAGACUUCGCGACACGUGUACUUAUGCCAGAAUCAGCAAUUUGUUCGAUAACGAUUUUACGAUAUUUUUUGCGAUUGCCAUGUGUUUGUGGACGACCCUCUUGCUGGAGCUGUGGAAACGAUAUUCUUCCUAUUUGGUGCACAAUUGGGGCUUGUCAGACUACACGAAACGCGUUGAACCGAAACGACCCGAAUAUUUAGAGUUCCUGUCAAAAAAUGGCGGUAUUGAAAAAACCUCGUGCACGAAGAGCCCACCACGUCCUCUACGAUUUGUGUUGAGUUAUUCAGCAUCGAUAUUUUUUAUUUGUCUCGUGCUGAUAAUCACUUUCGGGAUCAUCAUUUAUCGCAUGUCCCUUAAUGCCGCCGAGUCAAUUUACGGCCAUAAAGAGUCCAUUACGUACAAAAUAACGGUCUUGCCAGCGACGGGUGCCGUCAUCAACUUGAUUGCCAUUAAGAUAUUGAAUUAUUUUUAUUAUUAUGCCGCAGUUUUCCUCACGGAGCGUGAAUUGCAUCGCACACAAACCGAAUACGACGAAAGUUUGGGCCUGAAAAUUUAUUUGUUUCAAUUUUUCAACUAUUACUCGUCGAUUUUCUACUUGGCACUGAUCAAGGGAAAGAUGGUUGGCUAUCCGGGAAAGUACAUACGGAUUUUUGGGUUGCGACAAGAGGAAUGCGGACCUACGGGAUGCAUGUUAGAGCUAUUUAUACAACUUGUGAUCAUCAUGGUUGGAAAACAAAUCAUCUACACAUUACAAGAAAUUCUCUGGGAGCCAUUUUGGGGUCUAGUCUUCAAAAUUUUGGGCAAUAUCAAAGCAUGGAUGAUGAAAACCAAGAAAGAACGGUCGCAGGAUCAGUGGUUCAAGGACAACAAACUCACGUCGUUCACUUACAUGACGUUAUUUAACGAAUAUUUGGAAAUUAUCAUGCAAUUUGGAUUUGUGACGUUAUUUGUCGUGGCAUUUCCAUUAGCUCCUCUCUUCGCGUUACUCAAUAACAUCUUCGAACUUCGCUGGGAUGCCAAAAAGUUCCUGAAAUACUACCGCAAACCAAUUACUCGUCGUGCUCGCAAUAUCGGCGUUUGGUACAAUAUCAUGCAAAUUAUUUGUCGCUUGAGUGUUCUCAUGAAUUCCUUAAUAAUCGCCUUUUCGUCGAAUUUUAUCCCUAAAAUUGUCUACACAGUCCUCAAAAAGACCAACCACACAGAUAGCAAUAGUUACUUGAAUUUUACACUUUCUCAAUUUGCGACGAAGGAUUUUGAGAAUGGAUCAUCGCCACUUACGUCGAUUUAUAACAACACCGAGUUCUGCCACUAUCCAGCCUUUAGAUUCUCGCCAGAUGACGAAGAAGAUCAGUACAAACCCACCGUAGCUUAUUGGUACGUUCUCGUAGGAAGACUUGCGUUUAUUGUCGUCUUUCAAAAUAUCGUCGGUUUUAUUCAAAUUUUUGUCGAUUACGCGAUUCCCGAUAUGCCAGCACGACUUAAAGAGCGAAUUCGGCAUGAGGAGGCACUGAUAAGCGAAAUUAUCAAUGAAGGAAAGUUCGGAAAGGUGGGAAAGAAAUUGACGAAAUGCAUAGAUGAGCUGCGAGCGCGAAAGAAAAAGUCUGUGGUGACGGAAAAUGGGAAUGGGAAUUUGAGUUUUAUUGAAAAUACAAAAGUUUAAAAGAAAUUUUUAGUUGAUUUUUUCAAUGUCUGUC